AUGGAACAAAGAGACGCGCUACGUAGGGUGAGACGCUGUUUGGUCCGAUGCGUGGCUGCGGUGCUUUUGAGCAGCGUGACUUCAGCGCAAUUAAGAUAUUCCAUUUCCGAGGAAGUCAAUGAGGGAUCUGUGGUUGGAAAUGCUGCCAAAGACCUGGGAUUGGAUAGAAAUACGCUGAAUGAGCGCAAGUAUCGGAUUGUCUCCAGUGCGGCUGAGCCCCUUUUUCAUGUGAGUCAGACCGAUGGCUUCCUUUAUGUCAGCAGGAAGAUUGACAGGGAAAAGGAGUGUCCACAAAGCAGUACGUGUUUGAUCAACUUAAAAACGGUGGUAGAAAACCCACUGGAGGUCCAUUAUGUCGGAGUGGAGAUAUUAGAUGUCAAUGAUCACUCACCCAGUUUUCCAGAGGAAGAAACAAAGCUGGACAUUUAUGAGUCAGUUUUACCUGGUGCAAGAUUUCAGCUGAAAGCUUCACAGGAUGGAGACAGUGGUCAGUUUUCUGUUCAGCAAUAUAAACUGAGUGAAAAUAAUUAUUUUCGUUUGGAAGUUAAAGAUAAAGGAAAAGAAAGCAAAAUUCCCAUUCUGGUGGUUAAAAAAUCUUUAGACAGGGAGACAACAGGGCAUAUUUCAUUAGUAUUGACGGCACUAGAUGGCGGUAAACCUCCCAAAACAGGGGAUAUGAAGAUUUUAAUCCAUGUAUUGGAUGUCAAUGAUAAUGCACCCAUAUUUACUCAAGACACAUAUUCCGUUAUGCUCAAUGAAAAUGCAGCAAUCGGGACGACUGUUAUUCAAGUGAAUGCAACUGAUUUAGAUCGAGGACAAAAUGGAGAUGUUGUUUAUUCCUUCAGCAAAAGUAUGAAUCAAAAUAUCAUGGAUUUAUUUGAUAUCACACAAACAACAGGGGAGAUUAUUUUAAAAGGCCCUAUGGAUUAUGAAGAAAAUGACAUGUUUGAAAUUGAAAUCCAAGCAUCAGAUAAAGGUUUUGUCCCACUGACUGCAGAAAAGAGUGUCAUUGUUAAUAUAGUUGACAUCAAUGACAAUGCACCUGAGAUAGAAGUGACAUCAUUUUCCAGCUCAAUUCCUGAAAACUCCCGACCUGGGACUACAGUUGCACUAAUAAGUGUAAAUGACUUGGACUCUGGUCUCAAUGGAAAAGUGAUUUGUUCCAUAGGUGAGGAUAUUCCUUUUACUUUGUCGCCAUCAUCACAAGACAAAAUGUAUUCUUUAAUGACAAAAUCAACUCUUGACAGAGAAAAAGUGUCGAAAUAUGAUAUCUUGGUAGUGGCAAGAGACACUGGUCAACCUGCACUCUCAUCUGAAAAGACAAUAAGUGUUUUCAUUUCAGAUGUAAAUGACAACAGUCCAGAGUUUUCUUUCAGUCCUUAUACUUUCUAUGUUAAUGAGGGCAAUGAUGCAGGAGCUCCAGUCUUUUCUGUCAAAGCUUUUGAUCACGAUGACAACGAGAAUGCAGUCAUCUCAUAUCAUAUUCUUAGAGAUGGAAAAGAUGAACAAAAACUGUCUUCAUUUUUAAGUAUAAAUACUGAAAAUGGACAAAUAUCAGCACUAAAAAGUUUUGACUUUGAGAUGCUGAAAAGUUUCCAUUUCCAAGUUAUGGCCACAGAUAAAGGCAUUCCUCCACUGAGCAGCAAUGUGACAGUGAACGUGUUCAUUUUAGAUCAGAAUGACAACGCGCCAAUCAUCCUGUAUCCAGUCAGUGCCAAUGGUUCUGCUGAAGGUGUGGAGGAGAUUCCCCGCAACAUGAAAGCAGGGGACUUGGUGACUAAAGUCAGAGCCUAUGAUGCUGAUAUAGGAUAUAACGGCUGGCUACUAUUUUCACUUUGGCAAGUCUCUGACCACAGUCUCUUUUCUUUGGACCGAUAUACGGGCCAGAUGAGAACCCUUCGCUCAUUGACGGAGACAGAUGAGGCUGAGCAUCGAUUGCUCAUUCUCGUCAAAGACAACGGAAAUAUUUCACUCUCAGCAACAGCUACUGUGACUGUCAAACUUGUGGAGCCCAAAGAGGCUUUUGCAGCUUCGGAUGUCAAAGGUGCAGCAAAAGUAGACCAGGAGGAGGACAAUGUGACUUUUUAUCUCAUCAUCACUUUGGGCUCGGUCUCACUGCUUUUUGUCAUUAGCAUUAUUGUGCUGAUCACCAUGCAAUGCUCCAAGUCCACAGAGUACACUUCCAAAUACCUCCAAGACACUAAUUAUGAUGGCACGCUGUGUCACAGCAUCCAGUACAGAUCGGGAGAAAAACGAUAUAUGUUAGUUGGACCCAGAAUGAGUAUCGGCUCUACCAUAGUCCCAGGGAGCAACGCUAACACUCUCGUGCUCCCUGACAGGAGACACACAUCUGGGGAGAAUGGGUUUGUGAUUUUUUUUUUUAUGAUCGACAUGGAACAAAGAGACGCGCAUCCGAUGGUGAGACGCUGUUGGCUCGGAUGCGUGGCUGCGGUGCUUUUGUUCAGUGUGACUUCGGCACAAUUAAGAUAUUCCAUUUCCGAGGAAGUCAGUGAAGGAACUGUUGUUGGAAAUGCCGCAAAAGAUCUGGGAUUAGAUAGAAAUAGGCUGAAUGAGCGCAGGUAUAGGAUUGCCUCCACUAUUGCGGAUCCGCUCUUUCAUGUGAGUCAGCUUGAUGGCUUCCUUUAUGUCAGCAGGAAGAUCGACAGGGAAAAGGAGUGUCCGCAAAGUAGUACGUGUUUGAUCAACUUAAAAACCGUGCUGGAAAACCCACUAGAGGUCCAUUAUAUUGGAGUGGAGGUAAUGGAUGUAAAUGAUCAUUCUCCUAGUUUUCCAGAGCAUGAAACAAAACUAGAUAUUCCUGAGUCAGUGUUGCCUGGAGCAAGAUUUCAGCUACCAGCUUCUCAAGAUGGAGACAGUGGACACUUUUCUGUUCAGCAAUAUAAACUUAGUGACAAUGAUAAUUUCCGUUUGGAAAUUAAAGAUAAAGGAAAAGAUGGCAAGAUCCCCAUUUUGGUUGUUAAAAAAUCUUUAGACAGGGAGACAACAGGAUAUCAUUCGUUAGUACUGACUGCAAUGGAUGGAGGUAAACCUCAAAAGACAGGUGAAAUGAAUAUUUCUAUAAAUGUAUUGGAUGUGAAUGAUAAUGCACCUGUUUUCUCUAAGGAGGUUUAUUCUGCUCUUCUUAAAGAAAACACUGCAAUUGGAACAACUGUUAUUCAAGUAAAUGCUACAGACCUAGAUGAAGGCCCAAAUGGAGAUGUAGUUUAUUCUUUUAGCAAGAAUAAUCAAAUCAUAAUGCAAUUAUUUGAUAUUAAUGAAAGUACAGGUGAUAUUUUUGUGAAAGGCCCUAUAAACUAUGAGGAGAAUGAACUGUUUGACAUUGAAAUUCAGGCAUCAGAUAAAGGUGCUGUUUCUUUAACAACAGAAAAAAGUGUUAUCAUCAAGAUAGUUGAUGUUAAUGACAAUGCACCCGAAAUUGAGGUUACAUCAUUUUCCAGCUCCAUUCCUGAAGAUUCCAGACCUGGUACUACAGUUGCUCUAAUCAGUGUGAACGACUUGGACUCUGGUCUCAAUGGAAAAGUGAUGUGUUCCAUAGAGGAGGAUGUUCCUUUUGCUUUGUCGCCAUCUUUACAAGACAAAAUGUAUUCCUUAGUGACUAAGUUACCUCUGGACAGAGAAAAGUUGUCCACAUAUGAAUUAUUAGUAGUCGCAAAAGAUGCUGGUCAACCUGUACUUUCAUCUAAAAAGACAAUUAGUGUUUUCAUUUCAGAUGUAAAUGAUAACAGUCCACAGUUUUCUUUUAGUCCUUACACUUUCUAUGUUACUGAGGGCAACAGUGCAGGAGCCUCUAUCUUUUCUGUACAAGCUUUUGAUUGUGACGAUAAUGAGAAUUCUGUCAUUUCAUAUCAUAUUCCCAGAGAUAUAAAAGAUGAAAAUAAACUGUCUUCAUUUCUAAGUAUAAAUUCUGAGAAUGGACACAUAUCGGCAUUAAAAAGUUUUGACUUUGAAACACUGAAAAGUUUUAAUUUCCAAGUAGUGGCUACGGAUGGUGGACAUCCUCCACUAAGCAGCAACGUGACAGUGCACGUGUUCAUUUUGGAUCAGAAUGACAAUGCUCCAGUCAUCCUGUAUCCUGUCAUCUCCAACGGUUCUGCUGAAAGUGUGGAGGAGAUUCCCCGUAAUAUUAAAGCAGGGGACUUGGUGACUAAAGUCAGAGCCUAUGAUGCUGAUAUAGGCUAUAAUGGCUGGUUACUCUAUUCAUUUGGGCAAGUGACUGACCACAGUCUGUUUUCUUUGGACCGCUAUACGGGCCAGAUCAGAACGCUUCGCUCGUUGACAGAGACAGACGAGGCCGAGCAUCGACUGCUCAUACUGGUCAAAGACAACGGCAACAUUUCGCUCUCAGCAACAGCUACUGUGACUGUCAAACUUGUGGAGCCCAAAGAGGCUUUUGCAGCUUCAGAUGUCAAAGGUGCAGCAAAAAUGGACCAGGAGGAGGACAAUGUGACUUUCUAUCUCAUCAUCACUUUGGGCUCGGUCUCACUGCUUUUUGUCUUUAGCAUCAUCGUGUUGAUCGCCAUGCAGUGCUCCAAAACCACAGAGUACACUUCAAAGUAUCUGCAAGAGACUAAUUAUGAUGGCACGCUGUGUCACAGCAUCCAGUAUAGAUCAGGAGACAAACGCUACAUGUUAGUUGGACCCAGAAUGAGUAUCGGGUCUACUGUAGUCCCGGGAAGCCAAGCCAACACUCUGGUGCUCCCUGACAGGAGACACACUCUUGGGGAGUACACAGCCGUCUCCUGCAGGAUUUUGCAAAUCAGAAGGAUUCUUGUUUGUCAUCUCCACGGCAUGGAACAAAGGCAAUGCGGAGGUAGGAGGCAGCUAGGCUGCUGGUUGGCUUUUGUGCUUUUUUUAUUCCAUGGAGCAGGUGCACAACUAAGAUAUUCCAUAUCAGAGGAGGUUCAAGAGGGAACUAUGGUGGGAAACAUAGCGAAGGAUUUGGGGCUGGAUAAGGGCGCACUUAAAGGGCGAGCAUACCGCAUCGUUGCCGGCACAGCUGAGCCCAUUGUGGAGGUGAACCUGGAUGAUGGCAUCUUGUAUGUGGCCAGGAGGUUAGACAGAGAGGAAGAGUGUGAACGCAUCAGCCCUUGUGUGAUCAACCUGAAAACAGUGCUUGAACAUCCUCUGGAGGUACAAUAUGUUGCUGUAGAAAUAUUAGACAUCAAUGACCACUCGCCUGUUUUUCAAGAAAAAGAAAAAAAACUUGAAAUAUCUGAGUCAGCUAUGCCCGGUGCCAGGUUCCAACUGCAAGCGGGGCGAGACCCCGACGUGGGCCAGUUUUCUAUACAGCAAUACAAAUUGAGUCAUAAUGAUUAUUUUCGCGUGGAGGUUAAGGAUAGAGGUGAGGACCGUAAAGUGCCAUUUUUAGUCCUGCUCAAGCAGUUAGAUAGAGAAACAACCGCAAGACACCAUCUACGUCUCACAGCAGUAGAUGGGGGUAAGCCCCCCAAGUCAGGUUCAAUAGAAAUAAUUGUGGAUGUCCUUGACGUGAAUGAUAACUCUCCUGUGUUUGAUAGGGAAGUUUAUUCAGUUUCUCUAAAUGAAAACCUACCUGUGGGCACUGUCGUGAUUCAGGUGAACGCGACUGAUUCAGACCAAGGUGCGAAUAGUGAAAUAAUAUAUUCAUUCGGGAAAGAGGUGGACUUAAAAGUGUUGGAUCGUUUCAGUAUAGAUCCUAACACAGGUGAGAUAAAAGUAAUCGGACACAUUGAUUUUGAGGAAAGUCGAAGCUAUGAAAUUGAUAUCCAUGCCUCUGAUAAAGGGCCAGUUCCUCUGACAGCUGAUAAGAGUGUCAUGAUCACUAUCAAUGAUGUUAAUGAUAAUGCCCCGCAGAUAGAAGUGACGUCAUUUUUUAAUGCCAUUCGGGAGGAUGUAAAGAUAGGGACUACAGUAGCUCUGAUCAGUGUCAGUGACUUGGACUCAGGAAUUAAUGGUCAAGUUCUCUGUGCCAUCAAACAAGAUGUUCCCUUUACUUUAUCACCAUCUUUACAAGAAAACAUGUACUCAGUAGUGACAAAAUCCCAAUUGGAUAGAGAAAACAUUUCUCAAUAUGAAGUCACCAUCACUGCAAAAAACACAAAAGAGCCAAUGUUUUCAACGGAAAAGACCAUCACCAUAGUCGUGUCGGAUGUAAAUGAUAAUCGUCCGGAGUUUUCAGCAAGACCUUAUACAUUUUACAUCACUGAGAACAACAGCCCUGGAGCAUCCGUGUUUUCCGUAAAAGCUUCUGAUGAAGAUGAAGGUGAAAAUGCUUUAAUUUCCUAUCAGAUAAUCAGAGAAUCAAGUGCUGAGACAAAAUUUUUGUCAAUUAUGAACAUCAACCCAGAAACGGGGGAAGUAAUGGCACUAAAAAGUUUUGACUUUGAGACUGUGAAAAAUUUCCAUUUCCAAGUGAUGGCCACAGAUGGUGGAAAUCCUCCACUGAGCGGGAACGUGACCGUGAAUGUGUUCAUUCUGGAUCAGAACGAUAACACUCCAGUUAUCCUGUAUCCAGUCAGCUCCAACAGUUCUGCUGAAGGUGUGGAGGAGAUUCCCCGCAAUAUGAAAGCAGGGGACUUAGUGACUAAAGUCAGAGCCUAUGACGCUGAUAUAGGCUAUAAUGGCUGGUUACUCUUUUCAUUUGGGCAAGUCACUGACCACAGUCUCUUUUCUUUGGACCGCUAUACAGGCCAAAUCAGAACACUACGCUCGUUGACAGAGACAGAUGAGGCUGAGCAUCGACUGCUCAUACUGGUCAAAGACAAUGGUAACGUCUCACUUACAGCAACAGCUACCGUGACUGUCAAACUUGUGGAGCCCAAAGAGGCUUUUGCCGCUUCGGAUGUCAAAAGUGAAGCAAAAGUAGACCAGGAGGAGGACAAUGUUACUUUUUAUCUCAUCAUCACUUUGGGCUCGGUCUCACUCCUUUUUGUCAUCAGUAUCAUUGUGCUGAUUGCCAUGCAGUGCUCCAAAUCCACAGAGUACACUUCUAAGUAUCUCACAGACACAAAUUAUGAUGGAACCCUGUGUCACAGCAUCCAGUACAGAUCGGGAGACAAACGCUACAUGUUAGUUGGACCCAGAAUGAGUAUCGGUUCUACUGUAGUCCCAGGAAGCCAUGCCAACACUCUGGUGCUCCCUGACAGGAGACACACUUCUGGGGAGGUAAGACCGAUUUCAUUUUAUGGUGGAAGUCCUCCACUGAGCAGCAAUGUAACAGUGAACGUGUUCAUUUUGGAUCAGAACGACAACACUCCAGUCAUCCUGUAUCCAGUCAGCUCCAAUGGAUCUGCUGAAGGUGUGGAGGAGAUUCCCCGCAAUAUGAAAGCAGGAGACUUAGUGACAAAAGUCAGAGCUUAUGACGCUGAUAUAGGAUAUAAUGGCUGGUUACUCUAUUCAUUUGGGCAAGUGACUGACCACAGUCUCUUUUCUUUGGACCGCUAUACGGGCCAGAUCAGAACACUUCGCUCUUUGACAGAGACAGACGAGGCCGAGCAUCGACUGCUCAUACUGGUCAAAGACAAUGGAAACAUCUCGCUCUCAGCAACAGCUACUGUGACUGUCAAACUUGUGGAGCCCAAAGAGGCUUUUGCAGCUUCAGAUGUCAAAAGUGCUGGAAAAGUGGACCAGGAGGAGGACAAUAUGACUUUUUAUCUCAUCAUCACUUUGGGCUCGGUCUCACUCCUUUUUGUCAUUAGCAUCAUUGUACUGAUUGCAAUGCAGUGCUCCAAAACCACAGAGUACACCUCUAAGUAUCUCCAAGACACAAAUUAUGAUGGUACGUUGUGUCACAGCAUCCAGUACAGAUCGGGAGACAAACGCUACAUUAGUUUGUCAACAAGGCGUCGCCUGCAACGUGGUUGUUUUUCCAUAAUGGAACAAAGAGGACGCGAGGCAAUGAGAGCGCAAAUGCGAUGGGUCCGCUGCGUGGCGGUUGCUGUGCUUUUGUGGCGUGUCACCUCAGCUCAAUUGAAAUACACCGUCCCAGAGGAGGUCAGGGAAGGAACUAUUGUCGGGAAUGUUGCAAAAGAUUUGGGAUUAGACAGGAGCACAUUGAAGGAUCGUAAAUAUCGGAUUGUUUCGAACGCAGCGCAGCCUCUUUUUCGCCUCGGAGAGAACGACGGCAUCCUGUACGUAAGAAAGAAGAUUGACCGGGAGGAGGUAUGCGAGAGAAGCACUGCUUGUGUCAUUAAUUUGAAAACUGUCCUGGAAAACCCGUUGGAGGUCCAUUAUGUUGAUGUCGAAGUCAUGGAUAUUAACGAUCAUUCUCCACGUUUCCCGGUCGAAAUCAAGACUUUGGAUAUCCCCGAGUCCGUGCUACCUGGAAUGCGUAUCCCGCUUAAAGCUGCAAAAGAUCCAGACAGUGGUCCUUUAUCCGUUCAGCAAUAUAAAAUUAGUACUAAUGAUCAUUUUCGUUUGGAAAUUAAAGAUAAAGACGAUAAUGAAAAAAUUCCAAUAUUAAUUUUACAAAAAUCUUUGGACAGGGAGACGGCCAAAAGCCAUUCAUUAGUUUUGACUGCACUGGAUGGAGGGAAGCCUCACAAAACAGGUGAUAUUAACAUUUUGAUAAACGUGAUUGAUGUUAAUGACAAUGUGCCUAUUUUUUCUAGCGAGAAGUAUUCUGUGACACUGUCUGAAAAUUCUCCUGUUGGCACAACCAUUAUUAAAGUAAAUGCAACUGAUUUGGAUGAUGGUCCAAAUGGAGAGGUCGUUUAUUCAUUUAGCAACAGCGUGAAUCAGAGAAUAUUAAAUCUUUUCGAAAUUAAUGAUUUAACAGGAGCAAUCACUGUUAAAGGAAUUAUUGACUAUGAGGAAAAAGACAAAUAUGAGGUUGAAAUACAAGCAUCAGAUAAAGGUUCUCUCCCGUUAACAAGUGAAAAAAGUGUGAUCAUUAAGAUUGUUGAUAUAAAUGACAAUGCACCUGAGAUUGAAGUGACAUCAUUUUCAAGUUCAAUUGCAGAAGAUUCCAGACUUGGAACUACAGUAGCAAUAAUUAGUGUAAAUGACUUGGACUCUGGUCUUAAUGGAAAAGUGCUUUGCUCCAUAGGCGAGGAUGUUCCUUUUGCUUUGUCGCCAUCAUUACAAGACAAAAUGUAUUCUUUAGUGACCAAAUCAACUCUGGACAGAGAGAAGGUGUCCACAUAUGACAUAGUAGUAGUGGCACGAGAUGCUGGACAACCUGCGCUCUCAUCUGAAAGGACAAUAAAUAUUUUGAUUUCAGAUGUGAAUGACAACAGUCCACAGUUUUUAUUUAGCCCAUAUACUUUCUAUGUUACCGAGGGCAACAGUGCAGGAGCUUCCGUAUUUUCUGUCCAAGCUUUUGAUCGUGAUGACAAUGAGAAUGCUGUCAUUUCAUACCAUAUCCUCAGAGAUGGAAAAGAUGAAAACAAACUGUCUUCAUUUCUAAGCAUAAAUAGUGAAACGGGAGAAGUGUCAGCACUAAAAAGUUUUGACUUUGAAACUGUGAAAAGUUUCCAUUUCCAAGUGGUGGCCACGGAUAGUGGAAGUCCUCCACUAAGCAGCAACGUGACAGUCAACGUAUUUAUUCUUGAUCAGAACGACAAUGCUCCAGUCAUCUUGUAUCCGGUCAGCUCCAAUGGUUCUGCUGAAGGUGUGGAGGAGAUUCCCCGUAAUAUGAAAGCAGGAGACUUAGUGACAAAAGUCAGAGCUUAUGAUGCUGAUAUAGGCUAUAAUGGCUGGUUGCUCUAUUCAUUUGGGCAAGUCACUGACCACAGUCUCUUUUCUUUGGACCGCUAUACGGGCCAGAUCAGAACACUACGCUCCUUAACAGAGACUGACGAGGCAGAGCAUCAACUGCUCAUACUGGUCAAAGACAAUGGCAACAUUUCUCUCUCAGCAACAGCUUCUGUGACUGUCAAACUAGUAGAACCCAAAGAGGCUUUUGCUGCUUCCGAUGUCAAAAGCAUGACAAAAGUGGACCAAGAAGAUGAAAAUGUGACUUUUUAUCUCAUUAUCACUUUGGGCUCGGUAUCGCUGCUUUUCGUCAUCAGCAUCAUCGUGCUAAUCGCUAUGCAGUGCUCCAAAUCCACGGAGUACACUUCCAAGUAUCUCCAAGAAACUAAUUAUGAUGGAACGCUGUGUCACAGCAUACAGUACAGAUCGGGAGACAAACGCUACAUGUUAGUUGGACCGAGAAUGAGUAUUGGUUCUACCAUAGUCCCAGGAAGUCAAGCCAACACUCUGGUACUCCCUGACAGAAGGCACACUUCCGGGGAGGUAAGAAAGAUUUUUAAUAAUUGUGGUUAUUCUGCAUUCGUGUUGGAUUUCUUUACAAUUUAUCCAAUUGUGUUCUUCUGCAUGGACUUCCAUUUGGACUCAUAA